AUGGAUGCAAUUACCACCGCAAAUGCACAAACAAAUGGCCAUUAUGCCAGUGUUAAUGGUAUAAAAAUGUAUUAUGAACUGCAUGGCAGCGGGCAGCCGCUGGUGCUGGUGCACGGGGGCGGCUCCACCAUUCAAACCAGUUUUGGACAGCUCUUGCCCAUAUUUGCCCAAACAAAGCGGGUAAUAGCGGUAGAGCUGCAGGCACAUGGACAUACCUCAGACAGACCCGCACCAGAGAGCUUUGAACAGGAUGCAGAUGAUAUUGCAGAACUGCUGCGGCAAUUAAACAUCACCGGUGCCGAUGUGCUGGGUUUCAGCAAUGGUGGCAAUACCGCCAUGCAACUGGCCAUCAGGCAUCCGCAGCGGGUGCGCAAACUGGUACUGGCUUCCAGCUUCUUUAAAAGGGAAGGCAUGUACAGCUGGUUCUGGGAUUUUAUGAAAAACGCCUCCCUGCAGGAUAUGCCCAAACCCUACCAGGAUGCCUACCUGCAGAUUAACCCCAGCCAGGCCGGGCUGCAGAAUAUGCACGACAAGGACGCCGCAAGAAUGCAGACUUUUGUUGACUGGAAAGCGGAAGCCAUUCAAUCGAUUAAGGCACCUGCGCUGAUUGUUACCGGCGACCAGGACGUGGUGCGCCCGGAACAUGCGGUAGAAAUGUACCGGCUGAUGCAGCACGCACGCCUCGCCAUUUUUCCGGCCAGCCAUGGCAGUUAUAUGGGAGAAUUAAUGGCUGCCGGCAGCGGCAGUAAGAUACCGGCCCUGUUUGCCACUAUGGUAGAAGAAUGGCUGGCGGCCCCUAUGCCGGAGAAAUAA